UAUUUGACAUAAAUUAAGUGACACUUAGGAAGAACAACCAUGACCUUCAACGGUUAUUUAGACGUUUCCAGAAACCCGCGCGCGCCAAAUGAAACUUGCGAAUUUCCCUUUUUACCCUUCAAACCAGGCUCAAAUUUCAAACCCUACCCCUUUCUCUCAUAGUACUCUUUUCUUCUUCUUCCCUGAGGUUACACCGAACCAGUCCAUGGAGCCACCCGCAGCGAAACACGGCUCCUUGCGGAACAUUCUGGUUCGUCUAUUCUCCUUCGCCGUUCUCAUCCUCGCCACGCGAUUCGCCAUCAUCGUCACCGUCCGCGGCGGGUCCUGCGAAUCUGCCGAUUUCUGCUUCUUCUCCGAAAACCUCACUCUGUCCUCCCCCUCCCCCUCCUCUGACGCCGGAGAUCCGUUUACCGGCAAGAACUGGCGCCGUUCCGUCGAGUACUACGCCGCCAUUUUCCAGGACCUCAUUGCAGACGGCUUCCUCUCCCCGAACUCCCGCGCCCUCUGCAUCGACACGCCCGCGGGCGAGGACGUCCUCGCUCUAAAAGAGGUCGGCAUCGUCGACUCCGUCGGAAUCUUUAAGAAACCGUCGCCGCCGCUGAUCCUCCACGGUGACGGCCGCUGGCAUCCGUUCUCAGGUGACUCAUUCGACUUCGAGUUCUCCGGCAACGGCGGCUUGGAACGUUCCCCGCGCCCGGCGGAGUUCGCCGCGGAGAUCUGCCGCACGCUCCGUCCCGGCGGUUUCGCGGCAGUGCACGCGGCAGUGAGAGACGCUUACAGCUUCGAUUCUUUGCUUGAAUUGUUUAAAUGCUGUGAAUUGAUCAGAACUCGAGAGAUCAACGGUGUUGAAUCCUCUCUGGUUCUUGAAAUCUUGUUGAAGAAGAAAAAGGAAAACCUUAAUUUGCAAAUGGAAAGUGUAGAUAGUGGCAAUUUCGGGAAUAAGUGCUCUGUUCCUGGGUAUAAACGUGGAAUGGUUAAAAAUGCAGAGGCAUUGAUUGAGGAAGAGCCAUUGAAACCUUGGACUUUAUUAAAGAAAAAUGUGAAGAACGUAAAGUACUUAACUUCUUUUGUUGACAUAACCUUUAAGAAUAGGUAUGUUUAUGUUGAUGUAGGAGCUAGGAAUUAUGGUUCUAGCAUAGGAAGUUGGUUUAGGAAGCAGUAUCCAAAGCAGAAUAGAACCUUUGAGAUUUAUGCAAUUGAGGCUGAUAAAUCAUUUCAUGAAGAGUAUAGGGAAAAGAGAGGAGUAACAUUGUUGCCCUAUGCAGCUUGGGUAAGGAAUGAGACAUUGUUCUUUGAGAUCACCAGAGACCCUAGCAAGCAAGUGACGGUGAAAGGGAGAGCCAUGGGGAGGAUCAACCCUGUGCAGACCUCUUCUAGCCAUAUGGGUGAUAUGGAUAAAAUUCAGGGUUUUGAUUUUGCAGAGUGGCUAAAUAGUGCUGUUACAAAAAGAGAUUUUGUGGUGGUGAAGAUGGAUGUGGAAGGGACUGAGUUUCAUCUCAUCCCAAGGUUGAUUCAGACCGGGGCUAUCUGCUUGAUUGAUGAGCUCUUCCUUGAGUGCCAUUACAAUAGGUGGCAGAGAUGCUGCCCUGGUCAAAGAAGUAGAAAAUAUCACAAGACCUAUUCUCAAUGCCUGAAUCUGUUUACUUCACUUAGAAGUUAUGGAGUUCUAGUACAUCAAUGGUGGUGAUAACUGAUAUAAUAUAAUCCACAAGAAACAUACUCUUUUUUGUGCUUUUUUAACAUUUUGUGUAUAGAGAUAUAGAUAUUCUUUUUAUUGUUUUCCACAGUGUAGAUAUGAAGUUACACAAUUAAAUUGGUUCUCUCUCCAUUUUCA